GGAAGUUGAGGGAAGAGCACGUGUGGGUGAGGGCGAGGUGGGGAAGAUUGAGCAAGUGGAGGACGCAACAGGGCCACCAGGGGCUUUAAAGUCGAGCAAGGAGGAGGCAUGCCGGACUCCGGGUACACGUUGCGUCGGGAUAGGAAUGGCGGCCGUUGUCAUCGUUCGACGGCGAUUCCUCUAGGGAUAGCGUUAGGCUCGUGGCUGUUGGUCAUGCGAUCGAGUGGCUUCGGUGCGGCUGAUGCUGCAGCCGUCUUGGGCGAGAGGAAGGGAGCCGCAACCACUUCCUCGGAGAGCAGCAUCACUAGGUUGGCUUUCGGCAGCUGCAACAAGCAGUACCUUCCGCAGCCGAUGUGGAAAAGUGUGGAGGACCUCUCACCCGACGUGUGGCUCUGGAUCGGCGACGCCGUGUACGUGGACAAGUUUAGCGACGGGGGUGUGAAGAAGAUGCGAGAAGCGUUCUCGAAACAGCUGGCGAACGAGGACUACCAACGGUUUCUCGCCAAGGUUCCGAGGGUCGAGGGCGUCUGGGACGACCACGACUACGGGGUCAACGACGCGGGAAAGGAACUGUCCGAUCACCCCGGCAGGGUUUCGGCAUUCCUGGACUUUUUGGGGGUAGGGGACGACGAUCCCCGGCGGGGCGGAAGCACGCUCUACUCCUCGCACACGUUCGGAGAGGCGCCGAAAAAGGUGAAGGUGAUCAUGCUGGACAUACGCACUCAGCGAGACGGCUACCAUGCCUUCAACAUCGCGCACCGAAAGUUCAAGUUUGCCGCCAUGAUCGGAGCCAUUCUCAGAUGGUUUAGCAGCAGUUUCUGCCUAGGGUCUGAGUACAGGGGCUCCGUGAUUGGGGAAGAUCAGUGGGAUUGGCUCGAAGGGCAGCUCGAGGACAGCGAUGCUUCGGUUCACGUGCUUGUGUUGACGUCGAACCCUCUGGUGGAGUCGUGGGGCCACUUCCCCCGCAGCCGCGAGCGCCUGCUAGACCUGCUUCACCGCACGAACCCCCCUGGGCUGGUCAUCCUAUCCGGGGACGUCCAUCACGCCGAAUUGGCGUCGGGUUGGAAGGCGUCGCCUCCAACCGAAGACUCUAGCAGCAGUGACAACGCUCUGCCGCCGGGGCAUCCCACCGUCGGAGCCUCAGAGGGAGGGGCCUCGCGAUGUCCGUUUGCAAAGAACGGCGGCGGGGGUGCUGCUGCUUCAGCUGCUUCUGCUGCUGGGCCGACUACGACGAAGGCUACCUGCGACCGGGGAGAAAAGGACUGCCUCUCCGCAUUCCCCGGGGGAGGCGUUUCUGAUUCGAGAGACGACGAUGACGACCGGGAGAGGAGCGGCGCAAAUGGUGCCGGUUCGGCGGAGUGUGCGGCGCAUUCGGGCGUCGGCGGGGGGCCGGCGGAUGGAAGGGGGGUCGUGGAGGUGACGACCAGCGGCAUGACGCACUCGUGCCUUUCGGUCCACGGGAAGACCAUGUGCGAGGCGUACUUGAAGAGGUGGAGGGAGCACCGCUGGAGGGACGAUGCUUUCUAUCUGUGA